AUGAAACCAAAAUAUAGAGCCACUUCAAGGGAAGGGGAAUCCAAAACUGCUGCAGCAAAAAUGGGUGUGAAACCAUUCUCGGUAUUCUUCAUUGUCAUCUUUUUGUUUUUUCUAAUGGCCAAUUCAGAGAAAGAAGAGGUGAGGCAAGGCCUAGUCACGUUCUUGGAUAAACUUGCACCAGGGAAUGGACAAAGAGAUUCCAUGUUGGGUUGGAACCUCAUAUCAGAUCCCUGCACUGAUAAGUGGCAUGGUGUGAGUUGCCAUUCAGACAACAAAUCCGUGAAGAGUAUAGUUCUUGAGAAGUUUAGCCUAAGUGGUGUUGUUGAUGCAAGUUCUCUUUGCAUAGUGAAGUCUCUUCAAGUUCUUAGGUUGAGGAACAAUGGUUUACAUGAUUUGAUACCGGAGGAUAUACGAAAAUGCAAGUCCUUGACUCACUUGUUUUUGAGUGGGAAUAAAUUCUCUGGCGAUCUUCCUAUUUCUAUUGCUGAACUAAGUAACUUGAAGCGGCUUCAUGUUUCGGACAACUACUUCACGGGACAGCUUCCUAACAUGGUUUGUGUUUCAAGUUUGAUAUCUUUUCUUGCUGAAAACAACAACUUCACUGGGAAAAUUCCUGAUUUUGACUUCUCCAACCUUGAUGCGUUUAAUGUCUCCAACAACAAUUUACAAGGUCCAGUUCCUGAUGUUGGAGGCAAAUUCAAUGCAGAUAGCUUUUCUGGUAAUCUUAAUUUAUGUGGAAAACCACUUUCAAACGCAUGUCCACCUUCUUCAUCUCCAUCUCCAUCUCCAUCUUCUUCUUCUUCUCAGCCACUUGAGAAGAAAGACAGAAAAUCGUUUGGUCAUGGCUUUCCCAUAUAUUCAGGUUACAUAAUUCUUGGUUUAGUUGUCCUGCUUUUCUUGUCCUUCAAAUGGGUGAGUAAAUUCAAGAACAAAGAAGAAGCAUUGGAAGAUGAGAAGAAGGAAAUGGCACAAGAAACUAGUGGUGACAAGCCUAGUGAAACAUCCAAUUCCAAUGGAUCUAAGAAUGGUAUUGGGAUAAGAUCCAUUAGAUCCGAGUAUUCGUUGACAUCUUUGGAAAGUGGGAUGACUACAUCAGGCCUUGUUGUUCUUACAAGUCGAACACUCAGGGGAUUUCAAUUUGAGGACUUGCUCAGUGCUCCUGCUGAAUUGAUUAGGAGAGGAAAGCAUGGAAGCCUCUACAAGGUUAUGCUAGACAAUGGGGUGGUGUUGGCAGUCAAGAGGAUCAAAGAUUGGGGAAUUUCAAAGCAAGAUUUUAAGAGAAGGAUGGACCUGAUAGCCCAAGUGAAGCAUCCACGCGUAAUGCCACCUGUUGCAUACUAUUGCUCCCAGCAAGAGAAGCUCUUGGCGUAUGAAUAUCUGCAGAAUGGUAGUCUCUUCAUGUUGCUCUAUGGAUCUCCAAGUGGAAACUCUUUUGACUGGAGGAGCAGGCUAAAUGUUGCAGCUGUAGUAGCUGAGGCUUUGGCAUAUAUGCAUGAGGAGCUUCUUGAGAGUGGAAUAGCACAUGGUAACUUGAAAUCAAGUAACAUUUUGUUUGACAAGAAUAUGGAUCCAUGGAUAAGCGAAUAUGGCCUAAUGGUGGCAGAAAAUCAAGACCAGUCUGUUAUUUCUCACAACAAAAGCCUCAAAAACAAAAGCUUGACUGCAGCCACCUUCAAAGCUGAUGUAUAUGCCUUUGGUGUGAUGCUUCUCGAGCUGCUGACUGGGAAAGUAGUUAAAAAUGAUGGAUUCGAUUUAGUUAAAUGGGCGAAAUCAGUAGUUAGAGAGGAAUGGACUGUGGAAGUUUUUGACAAGUUCCUAAUCUCACAAGGUGCUUCUGAAGAGAGGAUGAUGAACUUGUUGCAGGUAGCACUAAAAUGCGUCAGUUCUUCUCCUAACGAUAGGCCAAGUAUGAGUCAAGUUGCAGUGAUGACAAAUGCAUUGAAAGAGGAAGAAGAAAAGUCCAUAUCCUUUGACACAUGA